GUCUGCAUUAUAGACAGAGCUACAUUAUACAUACAUGCAGUCUGCAUUAUAGACAGAGCUACACAGGAGAAUCGCCCAUCCGCUGAACUCACUCACUCACAUUAUCACACUACAACGUAUUAAGAUUGGGUUGCUGAAAGCAUAUGCGGUAGUUCUAAACCACGGAAGUGUACGCAUCAGUUACCAGUGGGUGUUGAUCGGACGCAGUAUGCUCGUGUCUCCAUAGCUAUGAGUCUAAGUUGAGCACUACAUUAACCAGCCCAAUAUAGAACGCAUAUCUGUUGGAUAAAUCUGUGGCUAACGAGAUACUCGUGUGCUGUACUUGAUCUGUAGCAGUGUAUUUGGCCCAACACGUGGUAGAACUUUAGAUAAGUACAUUCACCGCCACUAUGUCCGAUUCGCAACAAUCGAGGAUACAAUUGUCAGCGGAAGCAACACAUAGCAGCGGACAUGACAGGAAUGACAGGGGCGUGGAACAACAUAUACCGAGUGAGGACAGAGAGAAACACUGUGAUAGUCUCACGUCUAAAAAUGACACACAUACACAUCGUAAAAUGAUUUCUUUGAAGCCAAUCACCAAGCCCGCUAUAAACUUUAAACUGGGCGGUGGCGGCAAACUGGGUGGAGCAGGGAAUCGUGUCAGCUUAACAAAUGGUCUCAAACUGGUACCGAAUAAGAUGACUACUAGUUAUACGACCAAGCUGGCACCCAAUUCAAGUACAUAUACAAGCACAAAUGAUAGUACUGGAACAAGUAUCAGGACCGGUGGUGGGUUGAGUGUGAACAGGAUUGGUGGGAUACUGAAAAAACCAAAUGUGAUAAGCAAGGUAAAGCCCGGGAGUGUAUUCGGGGGUACGGGGGAGAGUGAUAGUGAGGAGGAGGAGAUGCCGAUGGAGGCCAAGAUGCGCAUGCGGAAUGUGGGUAAGGAUACAGUAACUUCGGCAGGACCUAAUUCUUUCUACAAGACUAAAAAGGGAUUUACAGAUCCGAAAAGUAUUUGGAAGGCAAGCGAAGACAAACUGGCGAGUCAGCACAUGCCCGGAGAUGAUACCGAUGAAUGAGGAUAUUAUCGAAUUUAACCGUAUAAUUGUUUCGAAUUAAACAUUCAUAUAAA